GGGGAGGGGGAGCGAGGGAGGGAGGGAGGGAGGCCGGCGGCGAGAGGCGGGGGCCUUGAGAGGGUGGAAGGAGGGAGGGGAGGGCGGGGCGCGGAGGCCCAAGCGAGGGACUAGACUCCUACUCGGACUUUUUCCGCCGUUCUCGAAAUCAGCAUCUCACCUGCCUUUGUGCCAACCUCUUGAGACAGCCAUUUCCUGACGUCCCCCACCCCAGGCUUCCACGCAGCCAUGUCACUCCUCCUGCUAGUGGUCUCCGCCCUGCACAUCCUUAUUCUCAUCCUGCUUUUUGUGGCCACUUUGGACAAGUCCUGGUGGACCUUACCUGGGAAGGAGUCCCUGAAUCUCUGGUAUGACUGCACGUGGAACAAUGACAACAAAACGUGGGCCUGCAGUACUGUCAGUGAGAAUGGCUGGCUGAAGGCAGUGCAGGUCCUCAUGGUACUUUCCCUCAUCCUUUGCUGUCUAUCCUUCAUCCUGUUCAUGUUCCAGCUCUACACCAUGAGGCGAGGAGGACUCUUCUAUGCCACUGGCCUCUGCCAGCUUUGCACCAGCGUGGCAGUGUUUACUGGGGCGCUGAUCUACGCCAUUCACGCCCGGGAGAUCUUGGCAGAGCACCCGCCCGGGGGCAGCUUCGGAUACUGCUUUGCCCUGGCGUGGGUGGCCUUCCCCCUCUCCCUGGCCAGCGGCAUCAUCUACAUCCACCUGCGAAAGCGGGAGUGAGGGCCCCUCGGCCUCAUCCAGAAGCUCCCCCUCCUCCUCUGCUCGUCCCCAGGAAAAUAAAACCGUUUGACCACG